UGAUGAGUCACGUGAUGCGUGUAACUGACGCUAAGCCCGGCCCGGGUUUUUCCUUAUGGCCGAGGCUGCUUUUGCGGUUAUCUUGCAGCGGCGGCUCGCCGAGUUAACGGAGAGGCUGAACCGUUGGCGAGAAGGCGGAGAGUUUGGCGAUGCUUUCUUAAUUCAGGCCUCUGCUACCCUGGAAAAUCUAGCAGAACUUUCGGAAGAAUCCAGGGACAACUACACAUAUUCUAGACUUAUACAACUUUAUACACAGGCACUAUUAGAUAUCACGUAUUUUGAAGAAAACCAACUUGUUGAUGAAGAGUUUCCAGAAGAAUCAUCUCUGCAGAAAGUUGAGGAACUAAUUGGUGCACUUUCUGAGCCAGAGAACCUGGUCAAUGAAAGUGGCAUUUCCCAAGAACUCAAGCUUUUUCACUGAUGGGCAUCUUUUCCUAGGCACUUGAAGUGCUUGGAGUUGAGUUGCUGGAAUGCCUUU